UUUUUAGUUUAAAAAGGAAAAAUAAAUUUCAAAUGAAUGUGAAUAGUAACACUUGCAGUAGCACUACAACAACAACAAAGUGUAAUAAAAACUUGGGAAUUGUAGUUGAAUGUAUUGAGAAUAGUAGUGUUUCUAAUACUGAUGAAAGUCAAGCUUUGUUGUUAAAUUCUGGUCAAAAUAGUAAAAGAAAAUUGUCUGAGCGAUUGGAAGGGAAUAUUAACAAGAUGGUCAACGCGAAUAUGGAAUCUACACCAACUAAAAAUGAUAUGGAAGAAUACUUAAACAGUAGUAAACACAAAAAGAAAAGUUUAAAUCAACAACCUUCACGUUUUGAACGAGGCCGUUUAGGUUUAAUUACUUUUUUGAAUAAUAUUACGGCUUCGCCAACAAGUUCUGAUUUGGAUAAUACUUCUGAAGAAUUAUUUAGGUUUAUUUAA